CCUUCCAGAAGUCGCCGGCGGACCCGUGCGGCUUGCAGCUUUGCCACACUCCGGAUUUACACUUUAAAAAGUCAUUAUUUUAUCCAUAAAGCGCUUACAAAGUGAUCUAAUCCCCCAGUCAACAUGUCCACUUUGGGCACACUAGCGUUCGAUGAGUAUGGCAGGCCUUUCAUCAUCAUUAAAGACCAGGACAAGAAGACACGCUUAACGGGCAUUGAUGCUUUGAAGUCUCACAUCAUGGCAGCCAAAGCAGUUGCUUCAACACUAAAAACCUCUUUAGGUCCAAAUGGCCUCGAUAAGAUGAUGGUCGACAGAGAUGGUGAAGUGACUGUUACAAACGAUGGAGCCACUAUUCUCAGCAUGAUGGAUGUAGACCACCAGAUUGCCAAACUUAUGGUGGAGCUCUCCAAGUCACAGGAUGAUGAGAUUGGCGAUGGAACCACUGGAGUUGUUGUGCUGGCUGGAGCGCUGCUUGAGCAGGCCGAGCAGCUGCUGGAUCGGGGAAUCCAUCCAAUCCGCAUUUCUGAUGGCUACGAUCAGGCUGCGCGCAUUGCCACUGAGCAUUUGGACAAAAUCGCCGAGACCUUCCCCUGCGACCCCAGCAAUACCGAACCGCUCAUCCAGACUGCCAUGACAACACUGGGCUCCAAAAUCAUCAACCGGUGCCACAGACAGAUGGCGGAGAUCGCAGUGAAUGCCAUCCUCACUGUCGCCGACAUGGAAAGGAAGGAUGUCGACUUUGAGCUGAUUAAGGUGGAGGGCAAAGUGGGAGGAAAGCUGGAGGACACGCAGCUCAUCAAAGGAGUGAUCGUGGACAAAGAGUUCAGCCACCCUCAGAUGCCCAAGGUUCUGAAAGAUGUCAAAAUCGCCAUCCUCACCUGCCCUUUUGAGCCUCCUAAACCCAAGACCAAGCAUAAGUUGGAUGUUACCUCUGUGGAUGACUACAAAGCCCUCCAGAAAUAUGAAAAGGAGAAGUUUGAGGAGAUGAUCCAACAGGUCAAAAGCAACGGCGCCAACUUGGCCAUUUGCCAGUGGGGUUUUGACGAUGAAGCCAAUCACCUCCUGCUGCAGAACGAGCUUCCUGCCAUACGCUGGGUCGGAGGCCCAGAGAUCGAGUUGAUUGCCAUAGCAACAGGAGGCCGUAUUGUGCCGAGGUUUUGUGAACUGACGCCUGAGAAGCUUGGCACUGCUGGUUUGGUGAAGGAGAUGUCGUUUGGCACUACAAAGGACCGCAGCUGGUCAUCCAGGAGUGUAAGAAUACCAAGAGCCGUCACCAUUUUCAUCCGCGGUGGCAACAAAAUGAUCAUCGAGGAAGCAAAGCGUGCGCUCCAUGAUGCGCUGUGCGUAAUUCGCAACCUGGUACGAGACAACCGUGUUGUGUAUGGAGGCGGAGCCUCAGAGAUUGCAUGUGCUCUGUCAGUCAACCAGGCUGCAGACAAGUGCCCGUCACUGGAACAGUACGCCAUGAGGGCAUUUGCCGAUGCUCUGGAGUCAUCCCCCAUGGCACUAGCAGAGAACAGUGGACUGAACCCGAUCCAGAUGACCGAGGUUCGAGCCAACAGGUCAAGAGAACAACCACUUUCCGGCAUUGACUGCCUGCACCACAUCACCAACGACAUGAAGCAGCAACAUGUGAUUGAGACUCUGAUUGGAAAGAAGCAGCAGAUCCUUCUGGCCACUCAGGUAGUAAAGAUGAUCCUGAAGAUCGAUGACAAUCCGAAGCCCUGGAGAAAUCGAGGACUGAAAACCCUCCUGAGGCACGAGAAGGAUCUGCAGCAGUCUAGAAAACUGAUCUAGUCCCUCUUUAGGGGGAAAACCCAUAGCUUCGUAUCCAGACUGCACUGCUUCAGGAUAUUUAUCAUUUGAUACAAAUGUUCCAGUUGUUGUCACAUUGAAGUCGCCAUUAAAACUAUGGUCUGGUGAAAUUUUA